UCACUAGGAAAUAAAAAAGGGUUGUUAAAAUUACAUUUAUUCAAUUUAAGUUUAUAUAUAUUUCAAUGGUUUUCAUAAUACUUUUUAUAAUAGCAAUAUUUUUAAUUGGACAGGGAAGAAGUCAAGGAAAAGAUAGCUAAUAUUUUGCAAGAAGUGGAGCAGCUAUCAGAUGUUGAGAAGUUACUGUUAUAUCUGCAAUUGCCCACAGGUGUCCCAGUUGAUGAUGUGCUAAAACAGAAAAGUCAUAACAAUCCAUUAGGGAAAAAGGCAGAUAUUGAGGUGUCUCAAACAUGUACAUGGAUUCAAACCCAUCUAAUGGAAGAUCCAAAUGUUUCACUCCCAAAACAAGAAGUAUAUGAGGAGUAUAAAUCAUUUUGUAAUGCCAAUAAUUUGGAACCAUUGUGUGCUGCUGAUUUUGGUAAAGUUAUGAAACAAGUGUUUCCUUCUGUUAAACCACGAAGAUUGGGUACAAGGGGAAAUUCACGAUAUUGCUAUAGUGGUCUUAGCAAAAAUCUAGUGGUAAAAUCACAUACUCUUCCAAAUCUUUGUUCUAACAAAGAAACUUGUGAUAUAAAAUAUAAAGAUUCUUCUGAUGAUGAUGUACAUAAUGCAGCCUGCCAGCUUGUAUUAGAAUGGGCAGAGAAAUUGCUUGAAGAAAAAUUUACAGCUAUUAAAGAUCUUGCAUGGUAUCUUGUUGAUAAUUUGUGUGUCGACAGUAGAUCUGUUGCUGCAUUCACACUCUUGUUUUUCAAUAAUGUUGAUCAUCAGAAAAAAGGUAAUCAGGCAGCAAAUUUAUUAAAACAAGUUUGUGGCAACAGAAAAAGAGAAACUCAAAUUCAUCUUCAGAGAAAACUUCAAGAAAAAGAACUGAUUAAGGAACAGAAGAAGAAAGUCCAAGAACAGCGACAGAUUACAAAAUCAGUUGUUCAUAAAACAUCUUCGAGGAAAUCUCAAAGAUCAAUAGGAAAGAAAACCGCUGCAUCUGGUCAACAAAAUAUUACAGAUAAACAAAUCUGUAAUAAUUCAGAACUAUGUGAUAAUUCUAUACUUGAAGAGAAGGAUUUCUCUUUAGAAGUUGAUCAAAAAGUUAACUUUAAUAAUAAUGAAAAAACAGAUGAUAAAGAAGGGAAAUUACAUUCCUUAAGUACAUCAACGAAGUUUAGCACACAGCAUUUAGAUAUUGCAUCAAAUAUUGAACAAACCUGUGAUGAUAAUGAAAUUAAACAAAAAUUAGAUAAAGUACCUAUUCCACGAAAGGGGGGUGCUAGAACUUCAACAGUAUGUAUUACUCCAGGUAUAAUAGCUGUUCCUCCUGUACAGAUUACUCUGCUUGGUCCCCAGACAUCUCCAAAACCUCAAAAAUUUGAGAAGAAAUAUAAACGUAUACAACCUAAAUCUACAACAAAUAAGUUAGUGAAUAGAAAUUCUACAUUGUUUCCUCUACAGACAAAGCGAUCAAAUAGAAGACAGUUAACUGAAACUAAUAAUCAGAGAGAUAAUAAGUUGUCUAAUUUAUGGAAUCAAUCAGAUGAUGUAAACAGUGAAAAAUCGUCAGAAGAAUCUAAUGGGACCAAAAUUAUAUCUUCACCCACUAAUAAUAGUACUCUGUCAGUUGUUAAUGAUAAAGCAACUUUUGAAGUUGAAUCAGUGCUUCCUGUUACAUAUACUGAACUUGAUAAUAAUGCUAUUAAUCUCAAUGGACAUUUAAAUUUUGAUAAUUCAAAUGAAUUAAAUGUUAAUGAGCAAAUCAAGAAUGUAGACUUGCAUUCUAAAGAAAAUACAGGAAAUACUAGUUUUACUUUAAAUAAAAUAUGUGACAAUUUUGUUGCUUCUGAUGUUUCUAAUAUUAAUGAAAUGAUGUCAUCCAUGAAACGCCAUUGUGAAGAGUAUGAUUCUGAAGCAGUUGCUUCAAAGAAACCACUUUUAGAAAAUAUUCUCACUGUUAAAAAUGCAAUUGCAUAUCUUCCUACCUGGGAAAAUAAAGAAGGAGAUGCAAAAAUUGAUGAUGGAAAUAAAUUGCUUCCAGAAUCUUUAAUUCAAGCAGUUUGUUCAUCUGCUAAUGAUGAAAAGAACUGUAAUCAAGAAGAAGUGAGCAUUCAUCAAUUAGAAACGGAUGCUUUAAUUGAAUAUUAUGAUAUAAGUAGUGAAUCUAAUCAACUAUUAUUUGAAAAGACAGAUUUAUGUAAUAAGGAUAUUCCACAGCAAGUUCUGCAGAAUACUAAUGGGCAAAAGCAGCAAGCAUGUAACACUGCUGCUCAACUAUCUCAGUUAAGAAUGUUGUUAGAAAGAAAUUUGCCAAAACCAUUAAGUAAAUGUAAUACAAUUAGAAAUUUCAAGAAAACUGAACAGUUAGAAACACCUGAACAGUCUUCUGUGUCUUCAUUUUUAUCUUUAAAUAAUGAAAGUUUUGAUGUUAAUCAUCAAAAUGAGAAGACACAGGAAGAUUUUAAUCAGAUAAUAAUAAAAGAUGCUGAUAAUAUGAAUGAACUGUCUGGUAAUUAUGAAGAUAAACUGACAACUGUCUGCUGGAGUGACACCAAUGAUCAGAACAUUACAAUACAGAAAGAAAGUAUAUUGCCACAAACAGAAACUCAUCAGAGUGAAAGUUUAUCAGAAAAACAAAUUAUUUCACAUAUUCAAAAUUCUCUUUUAUCUGGUGAAAAUUCAAAUGAUGUAAAUAUAAUUGGUAGUAAUAUAGCACAGCCAGCAAUGAUUAUUAAUACUAAUGAUGUGAAUAGUUUGAAUAAUACUGUUUGUAUUAGUGAAUCAGGUGUGCAACAGUUGCAAAGUGUUUGUAAUUCUAAACAAACUAGUACACAUACACAAAUACCCUCCGUUCCACCAAGUCCAAAUGCACGCCGUCUUGCAUUUAAUUUUCUUCCAAUUUCUCCAAGACAAACUCCUAUAUUGGAAAAUAAUUCUGCUGGGAGUAGAGCUUUAGCAUCACCAGUACCAUCCACUUCUCAAUUUAUUACUACAAAUAUUGUUCAUAACAAUAUGGUUUCUGUUGCAGUGGGAUCUUCUCGUCCAACAAGUGCUGCCAGCAGUCCAUUUGUAUCUCCUAGAAGUACACCAGUACCAUUAUCAAGAUCUCGUCAUAAUUCUGGACAGAGUGCAUAUAGCACUCCACGCCAGACUCCCUUACAAAAUUUUGAUUCUGGAGUAUCUUCCAUAUCUACAUCACCUUUCAUAUCUCCACAACCAACACCACUUCCAAUUAGUCGAUUACGCCACAAUUCAAGUCAUAGCCAAGGUCGUACAGUGACAUUUAAUGCAGUUGGAAGUCCUCAUGCUUACAGUCAAACACUUUUUUCGGGAUCUCGUUCAAGACACAAUUCUGGGCCCGGAAUACCACAUCAACUUGGUUCAACUAUGUCUCCUAGAAGUGCUCCUCUCUCACCUAUGGUUAACGAUUGUUAUUCACAAAAUCAAUUUUCAUUUCCUUGUGUGGGAGACACACCCACAUUGCGUUCUAGACAUAAUUCAGCUUCAAGUGCUGCUCCUCUUUCUCCAGUCUCUGAACAAGUAUCUCCUCCAGCAAAUAAUGCUGAAACAUCUAUUAAUAAUGAUAAGUUUCUUACUUCUGAUUCUUCAUCUCAAUACUCUUCAAAUAUUAAUAAAAAUCAAGAAACAGAUUCACAGGCUGAAACUUGUACAGAUGAUAAGAAUAAUGGAGAAGUACCAUAUCAGCAAUUAAAAUCUUUAUUGAACUCAAAGAUUUUAUUUUCUCAAAAUAAUACUAAUUCAAAACAGCAGCAUCAGCCAAAUAUUACAGUUCAAUCUGAAUUGAAACAAUGGAUAAAUAAUCGUCAACGGCACACUUCAGGACCACUUCUGUUUCAGGAAACAAGUCGAAUUACUGAUCAGUCUUCUCAAGAGAUUCAACUUUUAUUACGAAAUUCUACAUGUACAACUCCUUCUUCAUCCUCCAAUAGAAGUCAGUCUGUACCACCUUAUCAAAUGUUGCAAAAUCUGAUUAAUCAGUAUAGUCCCAUUACCAAUAUGGAUAACACUAUUUCCAAAUCUCAUCCAACAACACCUAUUAUUAGGAACUCUUUUACUUUUCCACCCAACAAAUUGAAUAACAGUGCUCUUUCUGUAGUAGACUCGGCUGGAUUUGUGCCAUCAUCACUUUCUCCUGAAGAAAUAUUUUCGCCACAAGUAACCGAUCAAGAUGAAGUAAUAGUCAAUGGUAACCAGUCCUGGGAUAAUCUCAACAGAGAAAUUAGUAGUGCAAGAAGAAACAUCUCAGAUAUCUUGGAACAGCAGCAGGAAGAUCUAGAUAUGGCAUUGGAUGAUCUUCGAGAUUUUGAUGCAGACUUUUCUCUUCAAGACUUCAAGCUAGCCCAAGAAUUAGAAGAGAUGAACCCAAGUGAAAGUGAUUUGUCAUAAGUGUGAAUAGAUGCAUUAUUAUAAGAUUUAAUGUGUUAGUUUCAAUUACCUCAUUGGUGCAUUCAGCAGAUAGUCAAAAGUGAUUAGAACUUAAAAUGGUUGCAUGUCAAAAAUUUGAAACUUAAACUAAAUGUUCGCAUCUGGCUAAACACAUUCAUUUCUGAAUAAUUGUUGAAUAAGUGGGUAGAAUAUUCUGCAUUAUCGUGUAUAUUCAUUUACAGAUUAUGCUAUUAAUUGCCUGUUAAAUUCAUUUGUUAUAUUGGUAGCAAAAUGUAACAUUUUAUUUUUCACUAGAUAAUGCAAGAGCGAGUGCAAGUGACGAUGAUGACGAUGCAUGCUCCAAGCAUUCAUCCAAGUAUACUCAUUUAGUUGCAUACCUUUUCGUGACAUUCUUUAUUAUAAAAUCUUGUUACGUGGAAUAAAUUUUAAUUUUAAAUAUUAUUCAUAAUUUAAAAACAUACUUUUUAAAAAAGAUUUCACAUAAGUAAUGAUAAUCCAAAGAAUACAUGAUUGUUAGUUUAAUACUGUUGGUAAAAUUAGAUAUAUUAGUAAUAUCGUUAUGAAUUUCUAGAGGGGAAAAAUUAACUUUAUCAAAGAAUGUCAUGUUCAGGUUAGCAGUUUAUUUCUUGGAUACAAAAUGUAUAGUUAAACAAAAUCGUGUCACUGAAUGAAUCCUUUAUUAUAACUUGCAAAAUGUAAAAAGAAAAAAAAACUGUUUUUAAUAUUUUAUGAAAUGAGCUCUCUCUCUCUAAAUGUUUUCACUGUUUUUGUGAAUAAAAAAAGCACGUAUUUACUUAUA